UUGUUUAUCAAUCAGACGCGGAAUGGAUUUGUAGGCGGGGAGUCGCUGAUCUGUGUGCGCAUCGCGUGAUAAAAAUCGCCGUGUUUUUAUAUAACACAAAAUAGCCGGUCGCUCUCACGUGUUUAUUUCCAAAAUAUUGUGGUAGAUCGCGACUAAUCAACUGACGUGAACGCCACUUUGAUUAUUCUGUCGUAUCUCGGAGCGCGUUGAUCGCGUCCGGCAGCGUGGGGCUGGUCCCCGUUGGAGCCCUGGGAGCGGACGAGAUGGUGCAGGAGGGGGAGGGGGCCGCGGGCGCGCUCAUCGCCCCGCGCCGCCUGCCCAACCCCUGCCUCGACAGCCCGCAGAGGAUGGACCUGCAUCGGGAGCUGUUGUUCAACCAGAAGAUAGGCAAGAACGUCUUGAACCAGAAGAGCGAGCUACAAAAGGCGCUUUCAAAACACAAAGAAAAGCAGAUUUUAAACCAAGUUAAGGAACACAAGGAAACGCCAGAACUAGAGCGAGCUAUAGCGGAGCGCGCGCGGCGGCUGGAGGCGGCGUCGCCGGCGCCGGAGCCGGACCCCGCCACCAACCCCACGCUGCAGGAGCUGCGCGCGCGCCUGCGCCACGCCGCCACCAACUCGCCCGCCGCGCACUCCACGUAGUUCGCCCGCACCCAGCUAGGUGCCGCUACUCACCACUAACAAAUAAUUCAUUUCGUGACUGGAAAUAAUUUCACGAAAACAAUUUAACCGAUACGAUAUCGGGUCGGCUAAACAAAAUUAACUUCUAAGUUGAAUUUUUAUUGACUGGUUAAUACCGACACAAUUUGAACUUUGAAAUGAGGGUUAAAUCGUGACCACAGUUCAAAUGCCGCUCCUAAACUGCCAAAUUCUCUUUAUACUAAGCUUAUGAUAUUUUGAAUUUUUUUGACACCAGAGAGGAGGUUUCUUUCAAAGCGGUAUAAAAAGGACUUAAAACAAAACAGAUUUGUCAAAGAUCCGACAUUGAAAAAAAAUUAAAAAUAUAUGUAGGUAUUUGGGAAUGUGACCAUUUGAGAACAUGAUAAUUUAGCCGUCAAUGCCUAAUUGUAAAUGUGGGACGUGCAAUAUUGCUACUAAUUUUAUGGAAAUUGCUUGUGGCGUCUUGUGGAUAGCAAAAAAAAAUCAAGAUAAGAAUUUUAUUAUAUCUACAUACAUAUUUCUGCAGGCCUAACACAGGAGCGAGGCGGCAGUAUCUUGCCCGCGAGAUAGACUACCCGUCCUUCUCUAAUUGAUACAUAACUGUAUAAUAUGGGUAGUCUAUCUCGCGCCACUCCUUUAUAGACUAUAGACCUACUGUACUGUAGCGGCAUCUAGUAUACUUUGUAGAUCAACCCCUUAUCUAACUAGCUAAUUACAUGAUGUUAAUAUACAGUGUGGAAAGAUAAGUCGAGCCCUGGUGGGAAACUACUUUAAAUCCUUAAGCUAGCUCAUUUUACGUAAAGGAGACAUUCCAACUGCAUUCAAAGGUUUUCUAAAACUCGCUUGCCUCGCCCGGGACUCGAACCGACUAAAAGUGCCAAAAAAUGAACACUCGCUAUUUUAUUCUACUAGUGGAUACAGUUAAUGUUAAUGAUAACAUUUCUUUAAGAAACAUUAGGUCUUACACUCGUCUGUCGUACAAAAUAUCCAUAAAAUCUAAUAUUUAGUAGCUAGGUACUCAAGAUUUUUUUAGACAAGCCAAUUUGGAGAAAAAAAGAAAAAUACUUUUAAUGCAGUUUUGUUUCUUUAAAAAAAUAAAGGAAUGUCUCCUUUAAGUAAAAUGAGACAGUUUAAGGAUUUAAGGUAGUUUCUCUCCAGGGCUUAGCAGUCAUCAGUAUUCAAUUGCCGUAAUAUUAAUAUUUAAUAUGGCUAAUAAAUCAUUAUAUUUUUGGCUAAGCAUGAAUAUUGACAUAUGUAAUUAGUUUCCAAUUUCACGUUGAGUAUUACAUAGAACUUCUCGUUACCUUCUUACUAAAUUCUGUAAUGAAUAGACCUAAAAAAAGUAUGUAGUAUACAAAAUUACCUGUUUAUAUCCUUUAUUCAAAUUCAUAAAAAAUAUAAUUGAGCAUCACUUUAUCUUGAAAGUAAUUUAAUAUUAUUAGUAACGAGUAGAUAUAAAAUUAUAGCCAUGUUCUUUGUAGCCAUAAAUUAAGAUUCUGUAGACUAUAAAAUACUUGACGAAUAAUGGAAAUGAAAAUAAGGUCUAUAUCAAGUGAGACUACUCGCGACAUCUAGUAAGGGCUUUUGGUAACUCGAGCCCUCGUUCGAGUUGGGUGAAGGAAAAACUUCGGGUAUAACUUUAAUUUGAAGGAUUAUAAUAUUGUUGAAUGAGUGAUGCUAUAGCGGGUGUUUUGAUUAUUAUAAAUAGCAUGAGCAAUUGUGGUAUAGUCGUACGGUUUUAAAACGUCGGAAUCCACUUGAGAGACUGCCUGACGAUUUUAAAACCAUCCGACUAUAAUACUGGUGAUGUGUGCAGUGUGCUUUAAAUGCGAGUCUUAAUUUUACGGUUAUUGGUUAACCUGUCGUACAGGUGUUUGAGAUUCACUUUGAGUGUCACAAAUGUAGCGUUGCGUUCAUAGCAUUUUUAUUGCACUAACUAUGUGCAUCGGUAAAACUUGCUUUAAUGGCUACUUAGGUGUGAAUAUAAGGCGCUUCAAUCGUCGUUCAUACUAAAGUCAGACCGAGAAAAGUCUGUAGCGAUUUUGAUAGCCCACGCCACGUAGUAAAUGUCAUUUCAAAAUUUUCAAACGGCAAACUUCUAUGAAAUGAUGACGUGUAAAUAACACUUGCGUGGGCUAUCCAAAUCGCUGCAGACUUUUCUUGGUCUAAUUCUACCUGUAGUUACACACUGUAUCAACGACGGCGGAACUGUCGGAAUAAUAACCCCAUAAAUUAUUUAUCUUCAGGACAGGAAAUAUUAUUUUGUUACCGUAUAUUAAGUGCACUAUUAUUUCGGUUCGAUACUACGUAUACUUAUAAUUAUCGUCUCGAACAAACGACUGAGAAGGGACUGCAUGAGGUAUCUAAUUAUAAUAAGGGUAACGUCGACUUGUAACCAAAAGAAUGAAAUAUUUUUCUAAACUUUUUAAUGUCACAAACUUAACAUUUUGUCGUCUGUAGAGUUCAUUUGUAAGCAUUUACUGUUCUCGUUAACUCCUUACUUGUCUAUCAAAGUAACCAUGUUUAGGCAUAGGUACAUGUGUAUCGAGGUAAUUGUGUAAUAUUAUGUAUUAACUAUUUUAUUACAUACUUAUAUAGAGAGUAGGUACUUACCUAAAUGUUGAAAAAUAAUAUAGAAUGUAUUAUUAGUGAAAAUAACUCGUAAGCGUGAUUUAAAUGUAAUAAAUUAUUUUAAUUACAAAUUAGAAUUCUUAUGAAUUGUAGAAUCAACGAUAUUAUAUUCAGAAACAAACCCAUAGAGACUUAGCGCUAGUUUAUUUACUGAGAAAUAUAGCACAAGUAUCCAACUUCUAUGAACUUAUCAAGUGCACCAAUAACCUAUAGAUGACCAGUACGUUUAAAAGUGUUCAUAAAAGUGAUAGAUGAUAAUAUUUUUGUAUACUUCAUUAUUCCGUAGGCUACAUGUCUGCAGAAUUAAAUUUUUAUAAUGGUUGUUUUGUUUGGAUACCCUAGUCCUACGCUUUUUAAGUGGUCUUUAAAAAGUUAACUAAAUGUAUCAAGUCAAAUUGAAAUCUAAAAUUCCAGUUGCUCCGAAAUCAUGAUACAAAAUCUUUAUGUAAUGUCUAUUCAAGUUGGUUUAGGACGUGUAACGAAUCUCUGGAUAAUUAAUAUAUUAUUACAUAACCACAUUCUACCUUUUAUAUGCUAUGCUGUGUCGUGAAAAUAUAAAAUUUAACUUAUUUUUUGUUGCUCUCCAAAUAAAUGUACACAAAUGGUAUGACAGUUCAAAUUAUGACCAAUACCAAUCCACUACAAGGUGUAAUUUCAAAAAUAUUGGGUUCUCUCCAUUGUGCCUAUUAUAUAUAUACAUAUACGUAGUUGUUAUUUACUUUCAGAGUAUUAAUUAUUUAUAUCAGAUUAAGGUAGGGAUAUUAUGAAGGAUGAGAAUUCUCGAAAUAAGUACUACGAAAUUUGAAUACCAUUCCACUUGUUAUUCUUUCACUACAAUGUUUUUUUUCUUUUAUUAUUGGGAGCUGCUUUUUCUAUGUUAAGUGUUAAGUUGUUUGUGUCCUAGUACAAAGUCUUCAGUGAAGGGCUCUAUUGUUUACCUGAGCUUGUGUAAGCAACGUGGCCAUUUUAUUUGAAUAAUUUAAUGUGAAUUAUAGUAUUAAGUAAGUUACUCUUCGUAAUGGCAGACAACGUUUUCACAAUGAAAACUGUAUUAAGAAUUCAAUAAUUUCUAUAGACAAAUAAAAGUGUUUUAGCAAAA